GACAGGCGGUCGCGUAGUAUCGAUACACACGCGCGUCAUGCUUGUCUCGUUCGCGCGCUUCUUCUUGUGAAACGUCGUCUUCGUCGUCGUCGUCGUCGUCGCCGCCAGUGCUGGAUAAAUCGCGAGGAACGCGCGCGAAGGGGCGAUGGAACGCGCGUCGCAACCGAAAAGGAACGUGACGGAUCGGCGCACGCGUGCACGCGCGACCGUAAUCGCCAACGCCGACAAAUCGCGCGAAAAUUCUUGACACUUCCGCAAAAUGGGAGUUUCCUCGCGGUGCUCGUGAUCCACCAGAGACGCGCCGUGACGAUCCAUCUCCCAUAAUCUCCUUCCCCUCCCUCUCUCUCUCCGGUAAUCUCAUCGAUUUGCGACUCUCUUCUCUUGAGAGAGAGAGAGAGAGAGAGAGAGAGAGAGAGAGAGAGAGAGAGAAAUAGAGGGAGAAAGAGAGAGAAGGUUUCUUCUUUUCAUUCCUCUCUCCGCGUACGUUCAUUAUCCCCCUUUUCACGCGGGUCCCUCGUUAUCGCUAUCUUGUAGCCUCGUACGAGGCGCGUAGCGUCGCGCCAGCUCCGCGAAACUUUCGAACGCGCGCGUUCGGCCCGGUCCGCCGCGAUUCGUCACGCGCGCGAACGCGCGCGGUACAUUCGAAGCGCCGUGACGAUGGACGAGUCCGGAGUCGACAUGGGUUUCGACCUGACAACCGCGUUCGGCGUCGCCGAUCCGGCUGGCCAUCAUGCCAUCGUCGGGGAUUACGACGAAGAAUUCGAGCAGGCCCUGUCCUACUUGUCGACGUCCACCAAGGAGCUGAUGUACUAUGAGCUGAAAAGCCGCGCGCCCGAUACUGGCAGUCCGCCGACGUUCAAAACAGCUACGCCGACAUCGCGCACGCAAUUGAAGCUACAAUUGAUGCGGGAACAGCUGCAAGAGCAGGAGAGACGACAAGCGGAAUUUCGGCAGAGCUUGCAACAGCAGAGACCAGCUGCCGCACCGCCUAGACCGGUGCCGCCUACAUCUUUGCCCACCAUCGGCGUGGAUGUACCACCGCAAGUAUUACAAGUGCGCACACUGUUGGAGAACCCGACGCGUUAUCACGUGGUGCAGAAGCAGAAGAACCAGGUGCGCCAGUACCUGCACGAGUCGUUUCGCGGAGGCGAGGGUGGCGGCGGCAAUGCGGUCCUCGGCGGCAGCGCCGAUAGCGAGGGCGGCGGCAGGACGCCGGUCGACUCCGGGCCACCGCCCGUCCCGAUGGUGGUGCAAAGUGCACCGCCCGGCCCGCAGCUGCAUCACCCGAAGCCGCAGCAUCCUCAUCUCGCCUCGUACCCGCAUGGCCCCGCGCUGCUGCCGCAUCACCCCGGUAACCCCACGGUGGUCUCGGUGAGCCCGGACCCCGCCACCACCGGCACCAUGUCCCCGGGUCUGUCCAGCGUCGCCACCAGCAACUCUGAGGCUGAGGACCUCCUGGACGACAUUCUGUCGUUCGAGGCUGGCUCCUUGGGUGACGGAUUGAAGGACGGUCAAGCCGGAAGUCUCACGAAUAUACCGGAACUUCAAAUUAAGCCAGAACCUCUCUUGCUCACGGAAGCAGAAAUCCAUGCCAUCGCUAAGGAUCGACAGAAAAAGGACAAUCACAAUAUGAUCGAGCGACGGCGGCGCUUCAACAUCAACGACAGGAUCAAGGAGCUCGGCACCCUCCUGCCCAAGACCAAUGACCCAUAUUACGAGAUCGUCAGGGACGUCAGGCCGAACAAGGGUACGAUCCUCAAAUCCUCGGUGGAGUAUAUAAAGUUGUUGAAAAACGAGCUCACGAGGAUGAAGCAGAACGAGCUCAGGCACAAGCAACUCGAGCACCAAAAUCGACGGUUACAACUGCGCGUGCAGGAACUCGAAUUGCAAGCGAAGGCACACGGGCUUCCGGUUUCCGACUUCACCUGGGCGUCCACCUCUACCAUGCUCAACACUUUCCCGAGGAGUAAGCUUGAGCAACGAAAGAUACCGGACCUGGCGGUGACGGAGGAGCCGACGAGCCUGAGCAUAUCGCAGCUCGAGGAUCUCAUGGAGGACGACACCGGCGGUCCCGUCCACGGCGGGGACCCGAUGCUGUCGUCCCCGCAUCUGCCACCGUUGAGCCCACCUGCGGCCGCCUGUCACCACGGUUUAACCGACGAGGACACCCUUGGCAGUCUGGCGGUGACCACGUCGAAUUCCUCGUCCGACAUGGACAUUGUCGCGUAGCGUCGAAAACCACCGUCGUCCAUCAGCUUCGAAGCGCGAUCGAAGUCGACUCCCGAAACUUUCAUCGUCGUGAAUUUUUCUGGUUGACUUUUGUCCGAGAUGAUUUAUUUAGAUUUGUACGAGAGAGAGUGUGUGUGUGUGUGUGUAUGUGAGAGAUAGAAAGAGAGAGGGAGAGGAAAGAAAAAAUUGGGACAUUUCUGGUGUAAGCGUGAGACAUGAAGACAGAACUGCUGAGAUAUCGUAGAUCUUCAUCGUGAAAGAAUGGGAAGGGAAUUUGCGCGACACCAAUUGAAUUUUAUUCGACCGCUGAUGCGGAUUUAUCUAAAACUAGUCACCGACUCGAGAGGAUCUUACUUCGAAGGAUCGGCAAGAGAAAUGAAGAGGUAUGCGUACCGAUUAGAUGUUGGUUGCCAUAGAGAAGAUUAAAGAAAAUUGUUUACUUCAAUCGCAAAUGAUCAUUUAUUGGAAAUGAUCAUUAAUGAUCAUUUAUUGGAAAAACAGUCAUUGCUAAGAAGGAAUAUCAACAUUUUUUUGAAAUGAAAUUCCGAUUAAAUAUUAACAAAGAUAAUUAUAUAGACGAACUCCUUCUGGAAAAUUGAAAGACAUAAUUAAAGUGUUUUCAUGGAAAUAUGUAUAUUCAUCGGAUUUCAUAGAUGCCAAUUAUUUUAUCAGUGAUUUUCACAAUUAUCAACAAUACAUCCAGCGAUUGCUGUUAUUGCAUCCUUAUUUAUUGUCUAAUAUGCCAUUAAUGACGGGUUUAAUUUUCUCCUCAUUAACUAUGGACAGCAUGAGCGCUUUUGAAGAUCCUUUCAACCUGGGUGACCAUCAAGAAGAAGUAGAGAAAAUUAUCGUGACAAGGACAUGUCAAAUUCGCGUUCCGUGUCCUUGGAGAUCCAGUACGCGGAUCAUGAAAGUUUUUCGGGUCGAUGACGAGAACCUCAAGAGGCGACCGGGCGUUUUCAAGCUGGCCAGAAUCUUUCCAAGUGGCGGUGAAAGUCGUUAUCGCUGGGCGAUGGAGGAGUUCAGGGUCGUUCCAAUUGCGAAGAACGGAGGGCUCGUUGUCACGAUUCUACAAACGGCUGGCCGUUACAUCGAUGGAAUGCGUGACAUCUUACGUGCGUUGUAUAUUAUGCCAGUGCAUUCGAAGGACGCGCUUCUGUCGCGCUUGAACUUAAACAUUUCGCUAUCGUUUCGAUAUCAUAAAUCGAAGACGAUAUGUCACGAUGCGCAUCAGUGAUGCGUAAUGUAUUGUUAGACGAUUUCAGGAUCUUUGACGAAGGACGAGAACAUCAAAAGUGUUAACUAUAUGUUGUUAUGAUAUUACUUAAUCAUCGAGAAAUUAUUUUUGUUGCGAGAUAUACCGAGAGAAAAUGGUCUCCAAGAGAAAUGAGGCAAGGGGAAUAUUUAGCAAAAAAUAUUCUCCCGGGGUAUAUACUUCGAUAAGAAAUAUAAUUGCCAUUAUAUAAAAUUUGUGAAAAAAAUGAUUGCAUUAUAUGUCACUUCAUUGUUUUCGCACGUUUAUAAGGCUACGAAAUAUCAGGUCUAUGUUGAAAGAACAGUUUGAAAAUAAAAGAAAGUGAAUAUUCGUAUGAAAUGUUAUUAAAGACAAGAUAUCGUAGUAAUAAAAAAUUAAAUGAAGAGAAGAAUCGGAUCAAUUUCAAUGUUUUAAAAGAUUUGCAUUCUUAAUCUUAAAUAUAAUAACUUGAUAUUGAAUCGAGUGCCUUUAUGAAAAGAAUUGAAAAAAUGUAUUUUCGAAAAUAUACCCUUCGAUUUCAGUAUUAAAACUAGAGAUAUACAUAAUACCACACAAUCUCGGGAAUUUCAUAUUCCAGAAAUGUACAAUGUAAAAUUUUUAAAUGUUA